AUGACAUCGUCCACAUCAUCGUACAUGAAAACUUCUGAUGAAAGUCAUCCAUAUCAUCAUGAUACUCCAACAUCCUCGUCAACAUCAUUUUCAACAUCAUCAUCGUGUUCAAGUCCUGAUAUUCAAAAAAAAGAAUACACUUUACUAAACAAUAAAUCACGUCGUAAAAAACGUGAUUUUAUACCCGACGAUAAAAAAGAUCCGACCUAUUGGUCACAACGAUCAAAAAAUAAUCUAUCUGCUAAACGUUCACGCGUAAAAAGACGAGUGAAUGAUCUUGUAUUAGAAACAAAAUUAACACAAUUAAACAAUGAAAAUCAAAUAUUACGAGCGAAAAUCGAUAUGUUAGCAAGAAAAUUUGGCCAUUUAUCGAACAAUGAAGAAGAUCAAAAUGAAGCUGCAGACGACAGCGAUGCUAAAUUUGAUAAUAAAGAACCUGAGCAAACACAACUGUUAAAUAUUCUCGAUCAAUCAGCAUCAUCAAACAUAAAUUCAACAGAACAACAAUCGCUGAUUGAAAAAACAUCAACUGUAGUACCAAUGCCAAUGAAAUGGCGUUUCAAAUUAUUUAAUAUGACAUGA